GCGAACAUGGACACUGAUAAUCUGAUUGAGCGAAUUGAGCUACAGCUGAAGGGCACUUCAUUUCCACUGCUCGUCACCAGAGACACGCUGGAGGAUGCAAAUGAGACCACAGGGAAUCAAUUUCAGCAGCCUGACUGGCAGGUGGCACUGUGGGCAUUGGCAUACUCACUCAUCAUCCUGGUGUCAGUCACCGGGAACGUGACGGUCAUAUGGAUCAUCCUGGCACACCGACGCAUGAGGACCGUCACCAACUACUUCAUCGUCAACCUGGCUUUCUCCGACGUUUCAAUGGCAACCUUUAACACCCUGUUUAACUUUGUCUACGCAUUGCACAACGACUGGUACUUUGGCUUGGGCUACUGUCGAUUCCAGAAUUUCUUCCCUAUCACUGCGAUGUUCUCUUCUAUUUACUCCAUGGCUGCCAUUGCGGUGGACAGAUACAUGGCCAUCAUCCACCCUUUGAAGCCUCGCCUGUCCUCCACCUCGACCAAGGUUGUAAUCGCAGUCAUUUGGACCGUGGCUGUCUUGCUCGCAUUCCCGCAGUGCUACUACAGCGUGACCAGAUUUUACUACCCCAGGACUGUUUGCAUGGUCGACUGGCCAGACGACUACGGGGGAACACAUCAACUCAGCUACCAGUUUGCAGUGAUAUUGCUGAUCUACUUGCUCCCCUUGCUGGUGAUGCUUGUGACCUACAGUUUAGUGGGGCAGACCCUAUGGGGGGGCCACAUCCCAGGAGAGGCAUCAGACCACUACCACAGCCAGAUAACUGCAAAGAGAAAGGUAGUAAAGAUGAUGGUUGUUGUGGUGGUGACCUUCGCGCUCUGCUGGUUACCUUACCAUAUCUACUUUAUACUGGGAUCAAUCAACACGGACAUUUACAAGCAACAUUACAUCCAACAGGUUUACCUGGCCAUAUUCUGGUUAGCAAUGAGUUCGACCAUGUACAACCCUAUCAUUUACUGCUGUCUAAAUCAAAGGUUCCGUGCUGGUUUCCGCCACGCCUUUUCCUGGUGUCCCUUCAUCAAAGUUUCAGAGGAAGACAAGCUAGAGCUUCAGCAGACACACACCUUCAGAGUAACCAUGACACGCAGCCUUUGCAAAAACAGUGAGCAUGCCUCCACCCAUGCAAAUAGCACAAUUAGUGCAAACAAAAAUUCUGGGCCAGGUUGA